AUUCUGAGAAACGAGGCAGCUAGCGUGGUACCGUGGUUGUGGAACCGAAUGGCGCCAGGUUUUUAAUUUUUGUCCGAAGGUUAAUGCUAUCUGGUGAACAUGAGCACUGAAGCAGCUGCUUAUCCCUAUGGCUAUGGAAAGCGUGAUGAAAGUGGCUUCAUCGGAGGUAAUCACCCAACGGCACCUGCGGGGGAUGGGCGGGUGGAAGUUCAGGAGCAACCACCACCUGUGCAAUCAAUGCCCAGAAGUCUAGGGGUGAAUUACUCACGAGCCGCAUUGUGGCUUUCAAUUUGCCAGGUUGCCGGUGGAACAAUGUCGGUAUUGCUGGAGGUGAUCUUCGGCAUGAUCUACUAUUACCAUGGCACUAAAGGCAUGGGAAUAUGGUUUGCACCUUUCUUCAUCAUCGCCGGAGGGUUGGGAAUUUGUGCAAGUGGGAAAAAGACCAACAAGUGUCUGAUAAUUUCGGUCAUGGUGAUGAGCAUUCUGUCAAGCAUCGGUGCGGGAGUUAUGAUAAUAAUCGAGAGCAUUUUCAUAGUGGAGGAAACGGGAGGUAGAUUAACAUACUGCGUCUUGCUGUUGCAUAUAGCUGUGACAGAGUUUGUCGUAGCUAUCUUGUCCUCCGUUCUUUGUUGCAAGGCUGUGUGUUGUCUUGUUGGGCCUUCUCAAACUUCGGUUACCGUUCACUAUGCCCCGGUGCCUCAGGGUGUGCCUGGACAGCCAGCUAUUUUGCCCAACACUGCUUAUCCCCCCGGAACCAUUGUCUAUCAUAUUCCUGCCGGUCAGACAUUUCCACCUAGUACUGUUAUGCCUCAUACAGGUAUGCCAAUGCAGCGUCACACAAACCAAUAUAGCGCCCAACCCCAGGGCCUGCAAAGUGGCCCAUCUCCCCCACCAUAUGGAAUAGUGGCACCACCCUACCCUCCCACUGCUCCUAUGUAAACGAGGUGUCUGUUCAACUCGGUGUAACCUCAUUACAGAAUGAGUGCAAAAAGAUCUUAAAUUGUGUGCAACAGAGUUUAGUAAGCGUGUGUAAAUGUGUUUUUAUAGUUUGUAGUAUAAAGUAUAGUAUAAUUGAGUAUAAUUGUGUAGCUUUUAUAUAAAGUAUAUAACGAGUAUUUACUUAUUUUAUGUUGAAAGUCCUAAAAUUUCAUGUUGUCUUUAUAGCUGCGUUCACACGAGGAGAAAAGUUGCGUUCACACGCUAAAAUAUACGCGGCUUGCUUAGCCGCGAAUGCU